GAGAUCUAAUAAUUUCAUUUAUUUUUGCACUGGUGUAGUUGAUUUAUUGCUCUACUGGCCAAGAUUUGAAAACCUCACACACAUACACACACACUCUUCUGAAACACUACCAUUUAAUGUCUAUCUUCCUCUCAAUUAAUUUCUUUCAAUUCCCCAUCUCUCCCUCUACACUAAUCUCUCACUUCAACUCCUGUUCUUGAUGAGUUUCUUGAUUUAUCAACUCUAAAAGCUCCAAUCUUUGGUGAGUAAAUAAUUAAAUCUCUUCAAAUCUUGAAUCUUUUCACCAAAAAAUGAACUGGGUAUUCUUGCAAACUAAAGAAAACAAUUAUUUCUCAUCUUCCCCACAACAACACCAGUAUUUUCUUCCUCAGCCACCUCCAUUAAAGCCACCCUUAAAUCUUGAUGACUCUUCAUCUUCAGAUGGGUUUAAUUUAAGCAAUAAAAUCAGCCCCAGUGUGUUACUUAUUAUCAUAAUUCUUGCCAUUAUUUUCUUUGUCUCUGGUUUGCUUCAUCUUCUUGUUAGAUUUCUUCUAAGACCACCCAGUAGAGAGCCUGAGGAUUCAGACAAUGUGACUGCUCUUCAAGGUCAGUUACAGCAGUUGUUUCAUCUGCAUGAUGCUGGUGUGGACCAAUCAUUUAUUGACACGCUGCCUGUUUUUCAUUAUAAGGCUAUUAUUGGAUUGAAGAACCCUUUUGAUUGUGCUGUUUGUUUGUGUGAAUUUGAGCCUGAUGAUAAGCUUAGAUUGUUGCCUAAAUGUAGCCAUGCUUUUCAUAUGGAGUGUAUUGAUACUUGGUUGUUGUCUCACUCUACUUGCCCUAUUUGUAGAGGUAAUUUGCUGUCUGAAUUUGCACAAAACAGUGGCUUUUCCCCUGUUGUUCUUGUUCUUGAAUCUGGUAGUGAGAGUUUGAGGGAGAUUGGUAAUGAAAGUAGCAUAAUUGGUCGGAGUAAUUCUGUUUUAACUACUAAUUCUCAUUUGGGUUUUGGGGAAAGUGAAUUAGGGUCUUCAAGAAUUGAAAUUUCACUAAAAUCUGGUGAGAUUUUGACCAAAGAUUGUAAUAAUGAGUGUGGUGGUGGUGUUACUACUGCAAUUGUGAUGGAUUCAGGGGAAAAAGUUGUUUCUGUUAAGUUAGGUAAAUUUAAAGCUGUGGAUAAUGGUGAAUUGGGUGGUAGUAAAAUUGAUGAUAGAAGGUGUUUUUCAAUGGGUUCAUUUGAGUAUGUAAUGGAUGAGAACACUUCAUUACAAGUUGCUAUUAGAACUCCUAUGAAGAAACAGUCUAGCAAGAAGCCUUCUUUACCGUUAAUUCCCGGUCAUCGAGCCGCAAUGUCGGAAUGCGACUGCGAUUCAAGACGGGAAUUCAAUGGCUUUCUUGAAGGUAUUAAUAGUAAUGGAAUUGGAAAUGGAAACGGGAAUGGAAAUUCUAUUGGUAGAAGUAAAAGAGAGAGUUUUUCUAUAUCAAAGAUUUGGCUUAGAGGUGAUCAAAAGGAUAAGCAGAAAUCAAGUGAGGAUUCUUCAAGAAGGGCAGUUUCAUUUAGGUUCCCAAUGAGCAAAAAUGUGGUUUCUGGUGAUGAAGAUGAGGAUGAUUUGAAGGGCAAGAAUGGAAAUGGAAAAGGUAGAAGGAGUAAUUCUGAAAUAGGAAUUGGAAGAUGGGAAAAUGGAUCAAGUUUUGAUGAGGAAAAUCCACAAAUUAGCUAUAAUUCAGCAAAGACUCCAUCUUUUGCAAGGAGGACAUUACUUUGGCUUGUUGGAAGACAAAACAAGGUUGUUCAUUCAUCUUUUACACCUCCUAAUGUUUAGUUUUAUUUUAAUUUUUUUGGAUUAUUUUUUAUGGGAAAAUUGUAUUGUUUUCCAUCAUUAUUAUGUAAGGCAUGAAUGCAAUUGGAAUUUAUGUAGACUUUAGUUGAAAAAAGAAGGAAAAUAGAAGUAAGAAAGAGAUCUAAAAGCAAAGAGUUGAUGAAUUUUCUUUGUUGUUCUUCAUUAUGCUUGUUUUCACAUCACAAUAUAGAUUUUUGUUUUCUUUU